AUGGAUCCCGCUACGAAGAGAGCCAGCACUGUCAAUCCGGCCUUUACUUUGUCCGCCAGACAAGAGCAACUUCUCUUUGCUGCGCUCAACUCCAACACCAAGCAAGCAGAUAAGUCCUCGCCAGUUCAGAAUAUCCAAAACAGCGGCAUAUUUUCCAUGGCUCCAACUGCCUUCUCCGAGUCGCCAGUCCAAGCUCCGGCUUCUGGCACCUUGGGUGGUCUCGAUGACAGCCCUUUCAUUGAUUAUGAACAAGAUUUCGAAUUUGAUGCCGAUGGAAGCUAUGAUUAUGGUUUCGACAAUGGAUCGCAAGGCCAGAUGAUUGGCAAAUUACCUGGGACCUCCUCAGACGGAGAGGCCGACAGUCAUGAUAAGCGCAGCCAUCCGGAUGACGAGGAGGAGGAUGAGGACGGAGGUGGAAAGCGACGAGAAGGUGACGAGAAAUCGUCAAAGAAGCCUGGCCGCAAGCCGCUGACUUCAGAACCUACCACAAAGCGCAAGGCCCAAAAUCGUGCCGCUCAAAGAGCCUUCCGGGAACGCAAGGAAAAACAUCUAAAGGAUCUUGAAACCAAGGUUGAGGAUCUCCAGAAAGCUUCAGAGUCGGCAAAUCACGAAAACAGUAUUCUUCGAGCUCAGAUUGAGAAAAUGUCGACCGAGCUCAAAGAGUACAAAAAGAGGUUGUCCGUUGGGGCCGGUGUCGCCCGAAGCUCAUCACUUAACAGCAAAUACCCCGCGUAUCUUUCUGGACAAGGCCUCGGGGGAGGGUUGAACAAUCCAAACGAUGUCAACUUCUCAUUCGAGUUUCCGAAAUUCGGUCGCCUUCCUGGUCCUCCUUUGGCCGGUGUAAAUGGUCUUGUUAAUGGAGCGAGACAGUCCGCAUCCCCAGUCUCCACCAUAAACCAAUCAAUCAGCCCUAUUGAUAGAGAUCAAAUUAGCCCCCGUAACCAAUCUCAACAAUUUGCGCCUCCUGCCAACACCGUCUCCAAUAUGGGCAUAACCAGAAGUCCUGUAUUGCUUGAUGGUGGGGAUAUGUCAAGUCUAUCUGGACUAUUUAGUCCCUCGAUCCUUGAGAGCGUCGGAAAGAGUCCCGAUUAUGACUUCUUUGGCAAUAGAACUAAUACAAACGGGUCCAGGUCAAGUGGGGAUGGCAAUGUGAGCACUGGUCACAAUACAUCAUACAGCUCGCCAUCGGCUUCAUCGAAUUCCAACAAUGGGCCGAACUCGUCUUGCGGUACUUCUCCAGAGCCUACUAUGCAAUCACCUCAAAUCAACAAACCAAUUGACUCGACACUAACCACCAUUGGAGAAGAACAUUCUAGCGAGGCAAAUGCUGCAGGUGAGCUCACCUUUUGCGACAAGCUCAAUAUGGCUUGUGGAAAUCCCAACAAUCCAAUUCCACGUACAAUGUCUGAAACUUCUACAACUUCAGGAAUCCAAGAGGCUCAGACCCCAGCGUUCGACAUUAAUGGAAUUGAUUGGUUUGCCCAACAAAAUGACAACCAAUUCGAUCCGCAAUUAUUCAAUGACUACCGCGAGCCUCAGGACAACAUCCUCUCCACAGAUGUAUUUGGCGAUAAUAGCUUUUUCGGUGAUGCGUACACUAUGCCAGACUUCAGCACACCAUACAACGUUGAAGCCAGUCCAAUCGCCCCUAAGAAGGAUCUUGUACAGCAGAUAGACGAGCAGCAGAAUGCGGAUGAGGAGGUUGUUCCGGCUGACGAUAGAUCAAAAAUGCUUAGCUGUAACACUAUUUGGGAUCGUCUGCAAGCUUGUCCAAAGGUCAAAGAAGGCGAUUUCGAUCUCGACAACUUGUGCAAGGAUCUACAGAAGAAAGCAAAAUGUUCAGAGACCGGUGCGGUGGUCGAUGAAUCUGAUUUCCAGAAAAUAAUGAAGUCGUAUGUCGACAAUGACAACACCAAGAAAGCAACGAGAUAG